AUGCUACACGCUAGUGGUAAUGGCGCGGUAGGUGACGGUGAAGAGGAGUCUACUGGUUCCUUCAUUCCUGACAUGCAAAAAGUAAAUGCAAAAUUGCGUAACUUGCCUACGCUGGAACGACUCCUGCAGGAAAAAGAUCCCAAUGAGUUCACAGAUGAGGAAAUGGGCAACGCUCUGAAGUUUGUUGAGGCAAUUGCGGGGACUGAGGUGUCGACGACUCAAACCAUUGAGCAACAGCUCCGUCAGCUCAUGAAAAAAUAUUCUGUUGUAAUAAAGAAAUCACUGCUUCUCGCUGCAUACAGGAAGUGGUUAGCAGAGGACCAACGGCGGACCGGCAACGCCGUGUUGGAGCGUUACUUAAUUUCGAAAGCCCCACGCAGUCAGUCAGGGGUGCUGGUAGUGACUGUCUUUACCUCCGCCUACCCGGAGGGGCAAAAGUUUAGCUGCAAGUGGAAUUGCUACUAUUGUCCCAACGAGCCCGGGCAGCCGCGUAGUUACCUCCUUAACGAACCUGGUGUGCGCCGUGCAAACCGCUUAGAAUUCGACCCCUACCGCCAGUUUCAGGACCGUGUGAGGUCGCUUGUCGCUAUUGGUCACCCAGCGGACAAGGUAGAGCUUUUGGUACUGGGAGGUACGUGGGAAAGCUACCCACUCUCCUACCGUGAGACUUUCAUUAGGGAUCUUUUUUACGCCGCUAACACAUUGUAUGAUGAUGAUGCGAGUAACAGCGACUCUACCGUUACCGAAGAGAGGAAGAGGGGUGCGACCGCCGGGGAAAGUGGAAGACCACGGCCUCCACUGGACUUACUGCAGGAGCAACUCCUGAAUGAAACAGCCGCUUGUAAGAUUAUUGGGGUAACCCUUGAAACGCGGCCCGAUACCGUGAAUGAGGAAAUGUUGCGGCAGCUGCGUCGGUUUGGUUGCACACGCGUACAGCUUGGUGUGCAGCACACAGAUGAUGCAGUCCUGCUUGCGGUCAAUCGGCAAUCCACGAGGGAUGAGGCGGUUCACGCCAUUAAGUUGCUGAAGGACAGCUGCUUUAAAGUUGAUAUCCACCUAAUGCCAGACCUUCCGGGGUCUACACCAGAGAAUGACAAGAAAAUGUUUUCUGACGUUCUAUACUCACCCGAGCUACAGGCUGAUCAGUGGAAAAUUUAUCCCUGCCAAACGACGCCCUUCAGCGUUAUCGAAGAGUGGUACAAGGAGGGAAAGUAUCAACCCUAUGGUCUUACCAAUUUGAUUGACGUCAUUCUCUUUGCUAAACGGCGCGUUCAACCAUGGGUGCGACUCAACCGUGUAGUGCGUGACAUUCCGCAUGAUUACAUACUUGGUGGAGUGGACGUGUCAAAUCUCCGCCAGCUACUUGCGGUUCGCCUUGCUGAGGAGGGUUCCCGCUGCCAGUGCAUCCGCUGCCGUGAGGUUAAGGGUGAUGCAGCAGCUGCUGCAAAGCUUCGAGAGGCUGUGCUGGUGGAGCGGCGUUAUUCGGCGAGUGAAGGAGAAGAAGUGUUUGUCUCCUGUGAAUCAGCUGAUGGUUUAACACUUUUUGGUUUCCUGAGAAUUCGAAUUCAUAUAGAAAACUGGGAAACACCUUUCGAGGAGCUUAAAUCGUGCGCGUUAAUUCGAGAAUUGCAUGUGUAUGGCAGCCUUGUCCCGGCGCACACAGAGGCAGACAACGCUAAAGCACAACACCGCGGGGUAGGUACAAAGCUGUUACAGCGGGCGGAAAGCAUAGCUCGGAAAGAAGGAUACCACCGCAUCGCCGUUAUUAGCGGUGUAGGGGUGCGCAAUUAUUAUCGUUGCAAAGGUUACGCUCUCUUUACAGGUCCCGAAUCCGGAGAUUUUCUCAUAAAGGAGUUGCAAGAUGGCGAAGAAAGUGAAAAAGCUAAGGUGGAUGACCAUCAACAGUGUAGCAAUGAUGCGAACCAGAGGGACUCGACACAGGCUGCUGAUGGUGGGGACGCAGCUGGUUCCGUUAUUACAAGCCUGUGGAGCCGCUUAACUUCCUUUUGGCAGGGGCUUAAGCGGCCCCGAGGCCAGUGA